AUGCGCCCUGCAGCUCCAGAAGGGGAAAUCGGCGUUGAUGGAGACUCUCCUGGCGUUGUAGUUGCAAAGCGAGGUGUCCAUACCGAUUCGUUGAUUCCUUUAAUGCGAGAUCCAUGGCGUCCUGUGCAACCUGAUACUGAUCUUGAUGACAUCCAACGUCGGAGAUAUGAUCCAGUGUGCAGAGCUUCUUUCCUUUUACAUGCUGUGCAAGCAAUAAAACUAAUUCCCCAAACUUAG